AUGACAGAUCCUCAAUCUAUCUAUUUUGAUGAAUGGUUCAACUUCAUGCACCUUCACCCUAAUCAUAAUCAAUACUCUUCUUCUUCUACUCAACAAACCAACAACAUGUUUGAUAUUCAAUCUCAUAAUCAACCCUCAUCAUCUUCUUUAACCAUAAAUCCUCCUUCUCCUCCUCUUAGAGAAGCUCUUCCUCUCAUUAACAAAUUAAGUCUCAUAAAUCAUCAACAACAACAACAAAAUGAACCCUCAAACACAACAAUAGAACAAGAAGAAUACAAAAGAGUAUUGGAAAGGCAUGGUGAUGAUGAUGUUGGUGAUGAAAGUGUUACUCUUUCCCUACAAAUAGGGCUUCCUAGAAUGAAUAGUAGUUCUUCUUCUAAUUUUGGAUUAAGGAUGGUCUCAAAUUGUAUAGAAAUGGCUGAAAACGAAGCACCUAAUAUGAUUUAUGAAAACCCUUUAGAUAAAUUGAACAAGGUUCAGUAUUGGAUUCCAACACCUUCUCAAAUUUUAAUUGGUCUUACACAAUUAGCAUGUCAUGUGUGCUCUAAAACUUUCACCAGAUACAACCAUCUUAAGAUGCAUAUGUGGGGACAUGGACCUCAAUACAGAAUAGUAGCAGAUUCUCUAAAAGGAACACAACCAACAGCAAUGUUAAGGCUUCCAUGUUUUUGUUGUGUACAAGGUUGCAAAUACAACAUUGAUCACCUUAGAGCAAAGCAUUUUAAAGAUUUUAGAUCUCUUCAAACACAUUAUAAGAGAAUGCAUUGUAUUAAACUUUAUCUGUGUAGAAAAUGUGGCAAAUCAUUUUCAGUGAAAGGUGAUUGGAAAUCACAUGAGAAGGAUUGUGGCAAAAUAUGGUCUUGUUUAUGUGGUUUAGAUUUUAAAAAUAAAAAGUCUAUUAAAGAUCAUCUUAAAGCCUUUGGUUAUGGUCAUGGUGCUUUUGGCUUUGAUUGCUUGCAUGAAGAAGAUGCAGCUGGUUCCACGAAGUUAAAUGUGAAAAGUUGA